GGCCCCAGAGUCUUUCAUUCAUCCAUUCUUCUCUCUCCUCCCAUUUUCCCCUCUCUCUCUCUCUCUCCCCUCCGAUCCCCUGUCGCCACCGCCACAGCUCGUCUUCGUUCCUACGAUCGAUCGGACGACGCCGUGAAACACUUCCUUCUCCGUCUCUGUCGUUUGUGUAUAUACAUACUCUUUCUUCAUAUUUACAUUUGUUCGAAAUUGUAACUCCCCCAGAUCGAAGCUUCGUGCAGAUCCGUGUCCUGUCGCUUCCUCUCUUGGCCACUUCAUGCUGUUUGGAUGACAUUGGCACUUGUGUCAGACGAUGAAUUCAAGUAUGCUGGCUGGAGAGCGAAGAUGGGCUUCUGCAAGAAGGGGUGGCAUGACUGUUUUAGGAAAAGUUGCUGUUCCAAAACCUCUGAAUUUGCCGAGCCAAAGGUUGGAGAAUCAUGGUCUGGAUCCCAAUGUUGAAAUUGUUCCCAAGGGUACUCAUAGUUGGGGAAGCCGCUCAUCUUCCUCUAGUUCAAAUCCGUGGAUCUCUUCUUCGUUGUCACCAAAUGCUGAAGGGGGUAAUGUUUCACCCACUCAUCUCAGUGGCCGCCCUUCAUCAGGUGGAAGUGGUACUCGACCAUCAACUGCAGGUAGUGAUAGAACGUAUGAACCUGCUGCCAGUGCUUGGGGUUCAAAUUCGAGACCUUCAUCAGCUUCUGGGUCACUGUCCUCAAAUCAGACACCAUCAGCAUCAUUGCGCCCUAGAAGUGCAGAAAACAGGCCUACUAGCUCCCAGCUUUCAAGGUUUGCGGAGCCUGUGCCCAAAAGUUCAGUAGCAUGGGGUCCAAGUAAUACUGCUGAAAGAUUGGGUGUAAAAUCCUCCAAGGAAGAUGGUUUCUCACUGAGUUCUGGAGAUUUUCCAACUCUUGGUUCUGAGAAAGACAAUUCAGUGAAGAAUAUUGAAUCAGAAGAUCAUGGUCGUCCUAGCUCAGCUUCUGGUAGAUUUGCUCAGUCAAAAGAGGAUACAAAAUCCCAGGCUGAUGUAAAGCGUGGAACUGUGAAUACAUGGAGGGCAGAUGGUUCCCGCAGUGCAGAGGAUGAUAUGCACCCUAGCAUGGAGAAAUGGCAGGGGGAUCCCCAUCAGUAUUUUAAUUCCAACACUGCUCCUCAGCAUUUCGACGCAUGGCGUGGCCCUCCUAUGAAUGGUCCAGCUGGUGUUUGGUAUGGGGGCCGUCCCCGUGGUCCUGCAUUUGGAGCUCCUGUUGCUCCUGGUGGCUUUCCGAUGGAACCAUUUCCUUAUUAUCAUCCUCAAAUUCCACAUCCGCCUUUAGCAGGUUCACAGCCAGUUCCACCACCAGGGGGUGGUCCUAGAGGACCCCAUCCCAAAAAUGGAGAUUUAUACAGGCCACAGAUGCCUGAUGCCUAUGCACGUCCAAGUAUGCCAUUUAGGCCUGGCUUCUACCCUGGCCCCCCUGGCCCAAUGGCUUUUGAAGGUUAUUAUGGACCACCAAUGGGGUAUUGCAACAGUGAACGGGAAAUCCCAUAUAUGGGCAUGCCAGGCCCCCAUGUUUAUAAUGGUUAUCCAGCCCCUGCUCCCGAUAUUGGUAAUUCCCACGGCAGAGCUGCUGGACGUGGUCCUUCUGGGAAAGGAUUGCCAGAACAAGUGGAAGCUGAUUAUUUGGAGGAUGCUAAAGGACCAAAAAGAGUUCCUCUAAAGAACCAUAACGAACGUGACCAGAGAGAGGAAGGAGAUAAUCGGGAACACAACAUGCAAUCUAGUGUUGCAUAUCCUGGAAAAAGCCGUCUUCCUAUGAUGCCCUCCAGAAAGAAUGAGUGGGGGGCUGAAGAGGACACAGAAGAAGCUACAUUUGCCAAGAGGAUUGCACCAAAUGAGAACUCUUCCCGCAGUUGUGAAUAUAGGGUUCAUUCAGCAGAUGGUAUGAAAGUGAAGUCAUAUGAAGGCGUGGGCAAUUUGAAAGCAGUUAAUAAUAAUUGGACAAAUAAAUCUGAAAGUAUGUCAUCAUUUCCUCCUGAAAUGCCUCAACUGCUCCGAACUAGUGAAAGAGAUUCAUCAAUACCAGCCACAACCAAAAAUUCAGCUCUCAUGCACAAAAUUGAUGGUUUAAAUGCAAAAAUCCGUGCUUCUGAUGGACGGAAUGAUGCUCCAAAUACUUCUCUCAGGGAAGAAGAAAGAGAUGGGUCUCAAAUGGUGGAUAGGAAGAUCAAUAAUUAUAAUGGUGAUGAUGGAGAUACUGCUGGAUCUUUUGAAAGCACUCCUAUUUCUGCAAAUCAUGUCUCGGUCCAACGUGAAGUGAUUGUUCCUGUUGGUGAUAAGCCAAUGCAGCCAACAACCAUUGCAUCUAGGAGAUCAUAUUAUGGUGGGCAGGGUCGAGUGGAUCAUCUUAGCAAAGGAAAGUUCAACAGCCAGGAUGCUGAUGGAUGGCGUAGGAAGCCCCUGACGGUUGAAUGCUCAAGUGGAGCUGCAGUCUCAGAUGUGUCUGCACCUAAUGACCCUGCACAUGGCCCUAAUAUUGUUGUGGAUGCUUCUGAAAAUCCAAUGGUCAAUCCCACAGGGAAGAUUGAAGGUGAUUCAGUUGAAACAUCUGAUUCAACUGAUAUUCAGGCACAGCGUGCCAAGAUGAGAGAGUUGGCAAAGCAACGUGCCCUGCAACUACAGAAGGAAGAGGAAGAAAGAACAAGGGAGCAGAAGGCCAAGGCAUUGGCCAAGUUGGAAGAACUGAACAGGCGAACAAUAGCCGGUGAAGCUGCAAACGGAAAGGCUGAAAGAACCCAGUCCAUUGCUGACAACCGAGAACAAGAAGAAACACAUACACUUGGUGAACUGGUGACGGUUGCUCCCAAGUUCCAACAACCUGGCCAUGAUCUCAUCACCAUUCCUAAUGUUAUUGUUGUAGACAGAGACAGUAAUGUAAAUCAGGCUGGGGAGUCUGUUGAAGUGUGCAGAAACUUGCCCGGGGGUAAACAACAAAUGGGUUCACUGGAAUCUAAUUUGUCUUCUCUCCCUGUGCAUGAAGAUGCUCAUAAUGGCAGUGCUAAAAAGGUAGCAUCUCAAUUGAAUGAUGGAGGCAUCUCCAGGCACAAGCGAGCAGGCUAUAAGCAGAAGCAGAAUAGUUCUUUGCCGAAGAGUUUGAAUGAAAAAUCUGCAUCAAAUGUUACAUCUGAGGUGCAGAAAGAUGAUACCCAUGCAGCUACUGUUGAUGUUACAUUGUCUGAGGGUCCUUCAAGUGAAAUCAAGCUAAGUGAGUCAAAUCUGCCCAAUUGCUCCACUACUGUGGUUGAGCCAUCUGUGCUUCAAAAAAAGAAAAGUAAUAAGAGUAGUAAAAAUAAGCCAAAAAUGGACGAGACCCCAGCUGUUCCUGUUUUACAGCCAGUGAUGCCAAACAUUAAUCCUGGAAAGGAGUCAGUUGACAGUAGUGAGUCUAAGAAUUCUGUGUCGAAUUCGGAUAGCUCUGUAUCAGCAGUGAUUGAGCCUGAUAGAGGGGUGCAGGCUCAGGAGGUAUGCUCACCCAAUGAAGAAUCCCAAAGCAGGGUAUCAAAUCAGUGGAAACCUCCUUCCCGCAGGAUGCCAAGAAGUCAACAAGCUAAUAGAUUUGUCGAGAAGCCUCAUGGCAGUGAUGCUGUUGUAUGGGCUCCUGUGCGCACGCAGAACAAGGCUAAGGGUUCUGUUGAAGCAAGUCAGAAAUCUAUCCAGGAAUCAGCCAAUCCAGCAAAGGGUGAUAACUUGGCACAGAAUAGUUCGAAAGGCAAGAGGGCUGAAAUGGAGAGAUAUGUUCCGAAGCCUGUCGCAAAGGAGCUGGCUCAGCAAGGAAAUGUACCUCCUGUGUCAUCUUCAAUUACCGUGUCCAGAUCAACUGAGGGACCUGGAAGGGAACAAUAUGGGUCAGACACUUCUGCAGGUCCAUUGCCUGUGAACUCUGCAACUGGACAUCUCGGGUCCAGUGUUGAGAUUGAGGGUGAUGGCAGCCAUAACAAGCAUAAAAAAGAUCAUGGGAUGUGGAGACAACGAGGUUCAACAGAUGCAUCUCAUACAAAAGGUGCGCAUCUUGGGCCAUCUCCAGUGUCUGAGCCAAGCAAAGAUGUUCAACAAUCUAAGGAACAUGUUCAACUAGUAAAGAGUGAAAAAGAAUUAGGAAAUGCUGAAACCAAGAAUUCAAGCAUAGCCAACACUAGUGAUGGCUACAAUAUGUCCAAUAAUACGACCACGGCUACAGUGAGCAAAUAUCCCUCUGUGAAGGAUCAGGGUGCCACAGGCAGAGGAAAGAGACAUCUCCCUAGGGCCCCAAGAAGCACUGGAAAUAAUCCUGAUCCUGAGAGCACAUUUAGUGGUGAAAUUGAAGGCAGUCAUAUGCACUCUGCAGCAAGUGACUUCAACCAGACAGAUAGACCCCUAGUUUCAAAAGAGAAUCGAAGUAUUGGGGAGCGGACAUCAUCUCAUUGGCAACCCAAGUCUCACUCAACUUCUGCAAAUAAUCAGCAUGGAAACAGAACUCCUGGGAGUGAAUUUGUGACCACAGAAACCAACAGGCUCACAAAAAAGGAUCAUCCUCAGCAUAAGGUGCAAGUUUCCGCUCAACAUGAUAAGGAUAGUGGCAUCAUUAGUCAUAAUGUGUCAACUCAAUCCGCCAAAAGUAAUUUGGCUGAGGAUUCAGUUGGGGGCCAUCAGCAAGAGUUUGACAGAGAAAAAAAGCCUGCUCCAGCAAGAGGAAGGCCCUAUUCUCCGAACCAAGAUCCACUUGGCUCUGGUGAAUCACCUCCAACUGCUAACAGAGACGAUCAGCUCGAGCGCAGUAUUCCAUCAGGAUAUAGGAGGAAUGGAAGGCAAAACAAUCGCUCUUUCAGAGGCCAUGAAUCCCGUGGAGAUUGGUCAUCAGGGCAUGAUAACAGGCCCCACAACGUACCUCCAUUUCGGGAUAAUAGACCGAGACAGAACCUGCACUAUGAGUACCACCCAGUUGGUGCCUUUAAGGGAAACAAGUCUGAGAAGGCUGAGGAACCAACUGAUGGAGGUGAUAGCAUGGAGCAGAGGCACAGGGAA